GAUCAUAAAAACAAUAUUUUGAAAUUUAAUUCUUUUAAAGCUCUUUUAAAUAAGCCUUUUGUAAUUUAUGCUGAUUUUGAAUGUUUUACUAUUCCUAUAGAUUACACGUUACCAAAUCCAUUAUUAUCGUUUACCACAGCUUAUCAAAAACAUGAACCUUACAGUGUAGCAUAUUAUAUUGUUUGUUCAUUUAAUGAAAACUUUAAUAAAUUUAAUUUAUAUAGGGGAGAAAAUGUCUCUGAAUGGUUUAUCGAAAAUAUUCAAAAUGAAUGUGCGAAUAUUCAAAGUAUAUUAAAAGAAACUUUCUCUUGCCAUAAAAAGUUAAAUUCCAUAACGGAGGAGCAGGAAGCCGAUUUUCAACGAACAAGUUCAUGUUCAAUAUGUAACUAUGUUUUUUCUCUAGAUAAUCGAAAAGUUCGUCAUCAUGACCACUAUACAGGAAAAUAUAUAGCUUGUAUUUGUAAUAAUUGUAACCUUCAAAUUCAAACUGAUAGCUCUAUUCCAGUUUUUUUCCAUAACCUAAAUUACGAUAUGAAUAUGUUUCUUACAGCUUUAGCUAAAAAGUCAAAAAAUAUUUCUAUUUUACCAUUAACACACGAAAAAUACAUAUCUUUUUCAGUUUAUCUUAAUCAAACUAGAUUAACUUUUUUAGAUUCUUUUCGAUUUUUAUCUGCCUCUCUAGAUGAACUUGUUCAAAAUUUAGCUUCCGAAACUCUAGAACCACUAAAAAAACAUUUUAGAAAUGAGCAAGAAUAUUUGCUGGCUAUGAGAAAGGGUGUUUUUCCUUAUGACUUUGUAAAUGGGUGGGAUAGUUUAUCAACUACUUAUUUGCCUUCAAAAGAUCAUUUUUUUAAUAAGUUAAAACAAGAACCUAUAACGAAUGAAGAUUACGCUCAUGCUAAAAAUGUUUGGAAUACCUUUCAAGUACAAACUUUAGGUGAAUUUAGCGAUGUAUACUUAAAAACUGAUGUUUUGUUGUUAUCUAUAGUUUUUGAAAAUUUUAGAUCACUUGCUUUUCAAUAUUAUGGGUUAGAUCCUAGUUUUUUCGUAAGCCUACCAUCUUUUUCAUGGGCAGCCGCUUUAAAAAUGACAAAAAUUCAAUUAAAAUUGCUUACAGACAUUGAUCAAAUUUUAUUUAUUGAAAAAGGGAUAAGGGGUGGUAUUACACAGGUUAUUCACAGAUAUGCCACUUGCAAUAAUCCGUAUUAUUCCCAAACUUAUGAUAACACUAAACCAGCUGAAUAUCUAAUGUAUUUUGAUGUUAACAAUUUAUAUGGUUGGGCUCAAUGUCAAAAUUUACCAUUUGCGAAUUUUAGAUGGCUAGAAGAAUUUGAAAUCGAGAUUUUGGAAUAUAAUUUACGUUUUUCUAAAGACAAAGUAUUGGAGAUUUAUGGUAGUUUCAAGGAAAAAUCAAUAAUUUUAGAAGUAGAUCUUCUAUACCCAACAGUUAUCCAUGAUAAACAUAAAGAUAUGCCGUUUUGUCCGGAACAUAAAAUAUGUGCUAAGUCUUCCAAUCAAAAAAAAUUAGUAUGUACUGUGCAAGAUAAAAUUAAUUAUGUAAUUCAUUUUGAAAAUUUAUGUCAGUGUCUAAAGUAUGGUGUUCAAUUAAAAAAAGUCCAUAGAGUAUUAGAAUUUUCUCAAAAAGCUUGGCUUAAACCGUAUAUAGAUUUUAAUACGGACAAAAGAAAACAUGCAAAAAGCGUAUUUGAAAAAAAUUUUUUUAAACUAUUAAAUAAUGCUAAUUUUGGAAAAACAAUAGAAAGAGAUAGAAAAAAAAGAGAUAUUAAAUUAGUGAAUAAUUGGAAUUCUGCCAGGAAAUACAUAUCUAAACCUGAAUUUAAAAGUAUGCAUAUUUAUAAUGAAAACUUAAUUAGUAUCGAACUUAAAAAAACAAACAUUUUAUUUAAUAAACCUAUUUAUGCAGGCUUUACUAUUUUAGAAAUUUCAAAAAUAAAACUAUAUAAUUUUUACUAUGACUUUGUCCUCGAAAAAGUAUCUAAAUAUUUUCAUGCUCAAAUAUGCUAUAUGGAUACUGACUCAUUUAUAUUUAAAUUCACCGUUAAUGAGAUAAGUUUGAAUAAUCGAAUUAGCAUAUAUGAUAUGAUACGGACAUUUGCAAUAGAGGAAUUUGACACGUCAGAAUAUCAAGAUCAGAAUAAUUAUAAUAUGCCAUUAGUAAAUAAAAAAGCAUUAGGUUUAAUGAAAGAUGAAUUGAAUGGUAAUGUUUUAACACAUUUUAUUGGAUUAAGAGCAAAGGUAUAUGAUUAUAAAGUUUUCGGUGUUGAUGCUCAUUCUAAAAUAAAAGGUGUAAGUCGAUCUGCUACUAAAAAAAUUACAUUUCAGGAUUUUUAUAAUUGCUUAUUUAAUAGUCAAGAAAAAAUUUGUACUUUUCAAACCAUUCAAAGUAAAAAUCAUGAAACAUUUUCGCUUAUUGUUAAUAAAAGUGGUUUGAAUGCUUUCGAUGAUAAACGAUACAUUUGUCAGGAUAAGAUAACAACUUUACCUUGGGGGCAUUACGCUAUUAAAAAAUAAUAAUUUAAUAUUUUUUAUU